AUGCAAAUGGGAGAGGUUGAGAAAACACCAAGAUCCGGUGUACUACAGACUGAAGCAGCAAACAAACCUCAGACUGGUGUUAAGUUUGGACCUGAUAAGAGUUAUACCUGUCACUGUUUUAAUGAUGAACCAUGUCAUAAAGAUUCUGGUGAAUGCAGUAAAGGUUGUGCUACUGGAUGGUCUGGUGCUUCCUGUCAGAAACAGAAUGUAGCUUUAAAUAAAUCAGCAAGUCAGGUUGAGACUAACAGAACAAAGAGAGAAUCUGGUGAUAAAACUACUAAUAUACCUGACAAAUGUUAUAACUAUAAUAAAACUGGUAAAUGGUUGGGAAUAGAUCUAAAAGAAGAUUAUCCUAUUAAACACAUCACCAUCCAACCGGAAAAGGAUUUAGCAUCAGUGAAUGGAAUUUUACUACAUGUUACUAAAGAGAAUGGAGAACCAGAACUAUGUUAUAAAGAAGGUCUGAGUUCGACGCCACCAUUUGUUAAAUAUAUAGAGUGUAGUCAUGUUAUAUAUGGUCGUUAUGUUAAUAUCAGUAAUGAUCGUAUAAGUCAUAAUGGAAGAUAUUUAACAUUAUGUGAAGUGGAGAUAUAUGUAUGUUCUGUAGGAACGUUUGGUUCAGAUUGUAACAACUUCUGUCAUUGUUUAAAUAAUGAAAGAUGUUCAGAGACUGGUGAAUGUCCUAAUGGUUGUUCUGAUGGAUGGACAGGAACAACUUGUAGUCAAAUAUGUGAUAAUGGUACAUACGGUGCUGGAUGUUUAAAACAAUGUUCAGAUAGAAAUUGUUUAGUAGAAACAUCACCAUGUCAUCAUAUCUAUGGUAGCUGUCAAGGUGGUUGUACAGAAGGUUUUUAUGGUGAAGUUUGUGAUAUGAAAUGUUCAGAUAGAAAAUGUAAUGAUAGUAAUUUACAAUGUGAGAGUAAAACAGGAGAAUGUAUUGAUGGAUGUCAACCAGGAUACCAGUCAAUAGAUUGUACACGAGAAUGCUAUAAUGGAAAAUAUGGACAAGACUGUUUGUUAAAUUGUUCAUCAAGAUUCUGUAAACUAGAAACAGAGUGUAAUAAUAUAGAUGGAGCUUGUAACUGUUCCGAUGGAUAUCAAGGAAUAGAUUGUACUGUUAAACAACCGCUUGUAUUCCCGGGAGACGCCAAUGGAGGAACUGAAGAUCAAACAAUUUGGUUAAGUCUUGUAAUCAUUAUUGUAUCAGCUACUGUAGCUGUAGUACUCGUGUUUGUUUUAAGACGAAGGUUAAGAUGUAGAGCAAACCAAGCAGUAAAUAACAAUGUACCACUACAAGAAACACUAGUUACUCAACCACCCAGUAACAACAAAGACACUCCUUCUGAUCAACUUCUUUAA